AUGUCUGGUACUAGCUACCUGCAAUCCAUUCUCAUGUAUCCAGACACUUGUGGAGGUGGACCUUCCAAGUCCCGCCACAUUGAGGUUGUCGGUGCGGUCUUGCUGAGCUUGCUCCUAGCCUUCUCCAUAUGUCGUUCGGGAAGAUUGGUCUGGGAGAUAAAGCCCAAGUCCCCCUCCAAGAGUCGACGUACUGAAGAAGGCAAGGUCGUGUCAGUAUGGAUCGGAGAAUUGCUUAAUUUUCUUGCCGUCUGCGCGGCUGUCGUCGCCAUUUCCCUUUUCAUCGUUGCCAGAAAUCACGGUCUUGGCCAGCAUCUAUGUGACGAAGGUUUGACUAAAGAGUUGGUUCUGUUCACUCAAACCAUAAUCGCAGCAAGCCAAGUCGACGACAAGAAUACGGAGUUGAUGACUUGGGUCGCCGCUAAUGCCCACACGCUCGAUCCAAUUUUGACGAUGAAAUUGCAACAAUUCUUGUCGAAUUUUGCGACCACUAUGAAGUACCUAUAUGGUUGCGACACAGCUUACACGUUAUCUGUCACCUUGCAAAAGUUCAGCAACGACCGCCUCCUCUUGUCAAUGUUUGGCUUUAACAACCGUUCAUUCCAGAGAUUUAUUUACUGGCACAUGGGUGCGACUGCAGCCGUUCUUGUUCUGUCGGGGUUCCUUUCAUUCGGAGGCAUUUGGCCUAUCGAGGCAUCCUGGGAUAUCGCCGUGACGCGUCAGAGAUUUUGGUCACCCAAGUUGAUAUAUCUGAGCACUAGUAUAGCCAACAUAAUUCUCGAUGCUGUCGUGGUACCUGUUCCGAUCUACUUCGUUUGGAAGCUGCGCAUCGCGGCGAGUCGAAAGGCUUUCAUUAUCGGACUUUUUUUCUUUCAGCUGCUGGCUUGUUGCUUUGGUAUUGCUCGCAUCUCCAUGCUAGACGGACUGUUUGGGGCGGACCUCACCUACAACGCUGUAACACCCCUGGUUCUGACGAUGGCUCAACUUACCAUCUUCAUUAUCUCAUUCAGUUUCCCGGCUCUGAGAUUAAUCUUUCUAUCUAUCCGUUCGACCUUUCGCCAUCUCGGCUCUAACACAUCGACAAUUCCCCUGAAUGAUGUCCGAGCCAGCCAAAGACAUGGAUACAUGCGUGAAAGUGUCGGCUCCGAGCAAUGGGCUCAAUGGGAUGACUGCUUCAUUGAUGAUAUCCCGGACAAUUUUGACGAUGACAAGCCUGCCCCGGUGUCGGAUAUUGAGAGUACAGGAUCUUGUAAUGGUUUUGCAACUCUGGUGGAAAGCAGAGUUUAA